AUGGCGUCGCCGUCCAACGAGGAUCGCAGCGACCAGGACGCGUUCGUCGGUGAAUGGAUCGACAAGUACUUUGUCGAAUUGGACGAAGUCUACCGCGGACGCAUCGUCUCCCAGUCCGCACACAGCACCAAUACCCACACCAACAGCAACACCGACACACAUACCAGUGCACUCUGGAAGGUUUACUAUCCGGCGGAUCCCACCAAGUCGUACCCCGAUUCGGACGUGGAAGAGUUGGAUUGGGACGAAGUACAAACCGGUAUUGCCCUCUAUCGACAGCGGAACGGCAAGGAGAAGGAGAACGGCAAGACCAAGACGUUCGCAACCCGAACGAGUCCCCGUACGCCGUCGUCCAAUCAAGCAACCUCACCCCGCACGUUCGUCUCCUCGGCUACGUCAACCUCCAUCUCAACAACUUCCGCGUCGUCAACCUCCUCAACAACAACGACAUCCUCAACAACAAGCUUACCCAAGGUACGGAGGACUUCCCGCCGACGCAGCGUUACGCAAUCCUCGUACCGCGACGAAGCCUCCGUUGAAAGUGCCGACGACGAAACGUACCGGACCGCGCGACGCAGCCCACGAACUCGGACGUCCCCACCGCGCGCAUUGGACGCCCAGUUGGCCGUCGAACCUCCAUCCAAGCGCUCCCGGACGGCAGUGUCCCGGAGUACGACACGACGCUCGUCCCCGACGUCGUCCCGUUCCACCGCCUUGCCCUGUGCGUUUGCGGUCCUCAUGGGAGCCCGACCCGCUCCACGCAAGGCUCGAACCGCGAAGGACUCGGUCGCCAAUGCCCCCUCACACCACCCCUCCUCCGCCCCGGAACACGGCCCGUUACUAGUCCCGCCAACACGGACGCAGACGCAGACACCAACUACGUCCCACGCUGUCGAAGGCAAUCCCAUGGCCGACGGAUCGCGGUUCGUCAAGAAACCCUACACGGCAGGGGACGACUUGCCCGUACUGGCCCAACCGCACGCCAUGUUCGACGAUCUCGUCGCCAAUCUCACGGACCACGGCCGCAACAUACACGUUCUCUGGCCCUUGGUGGAAACCUUCCGCUCCCGCACCUUGCGCGUCGCGACCAUGUGUUCCGGAACGGAAGCACCCGUACUGGCCCUCGAUCUGUUGCAAACCUCGCUCCGACACGCCUUGCGGCGGCACGCCGCCGAUGAAUUGCGGACGCGCGGCAUUGACGUGGCCAACGUCCUGCGCAUCGAACACGUCUUUUCCUGCGAAAUUGAACCAUUCAAACAGGCCUACAUUGAACGCAACUUUCGUCCGCCUCUCCUCUUUCGGGAUAUCCGGGAACUGGGACAGCCACAGGCCUACACUGCCUACGGCGCCUUGCGAGACGUCCCCAACCGACCCGGUUGUGUCGAUGUGCUCGUGGCCGGAACGUCCUGUGUCGAUUAUUCCAAUCUGAACAACCAAAAGAAACACAUUGACCAAAAGGGCGAAAGUGGACAAACAUUCCACGGAAUGAUGGACUGGGUUGACCUGGCGCAACCUCCCAUUGUCAUUAUCGAAAACGUCAGUGGAGCUCCCUGGGAAAUCAAGGUGAAAAUGUUUGAAGAACGCGGGUACGCCGCCACCUUUUUGCGUAUCGAUACCAAAGAAUACUACAUUCCCCAAACACGCAAACGCGGUUACUUGUUCGCGAUUAAAGCUCAGACCAAGAACAAAGUAGUUGACCGUCCCGCGCGAUGGACGGCCGCGGUCAAAUCGUUGAAACGACCAGCGUCGGCGGCGUUGGACGACUUCAUGUUGCCCAACGAUGAUCCGCGAGUUUUACGCGGCCGAGCUCGUCUCACGGCCGAAAGCAGCGCCGGUGAAGGAGAGGGCCGCACGCGGACCGUGGACUGGACCAAGUGCGAAACCAAUCAUCAGCAAGCGCGCUCCAUGGAGGAGUUGGGCGAUAAGCGACCUUUGACCAACUGGUCCGAUUCCGGCAAUACGGCCAUGCCGAGUUUCGGUUGGAACGAGUGGACUAACGCCCAAGUACACCGAAUCCACGACUUGAUGGACAUCAAUGCACUACGCUUGGCAAAACUCAUGAUCGACUGCUCGCACAAAACCAUGGUGUGGAAUUUGUCGCAAAAUGUUCACCGGGAUACGAUGGGUGUGCUCGGUCUAUCUCAGUGUCUCACACCAACUGGAGUGUUUUACGUGGCAAAUCGCGGAGGGCCACUCGUUGGUGAGGAGCUUUUGAUGCUACAGGGUAUCCCCGCCGAAGAUCUACUGCUGACGAAAGAGUCGGAAGCGAAUCUAAAGGAUUUUGCCGGCAACGGAAUGAGUACAACGGUUGUCGGUACAGUAAUGCUCUGUGCCCUGCUGCACGGUCACGACAUUCUAAGAGGUGGCAACGAGCGCGAGGCCUCGUCGGCUGUUGUACCAAGUCUGGUGCCCCGAUCCAUCACAGCUCCCUCGGAUGCGUCUAUAUCGCUAGAAUUUGCACACUACGCUAAGGAAAAACUCGAGCUUGGACCGAGGUCUUCGCUCGGGCGCGAGGACUGGUCGAAACUACUGAGCGCAGCGUCGUCGUCCUCGAAAAAGUGCAUCACCGAAGGAAAGUACGAAUCUCUGCCGCCGGGAGAGCUAGUGACGUGCCAGGAAUGUGGCUUUACUUCGAAAGUUGUGGCAGGAAUGGAAAGUUGCGGUCAAGGCUACUCUCUACGAGUCGGAUGCUACCGGGGCCAUAUUCCUCUUCAAGGAGAUUACCCGCACCCACAUUUGGACGGCGCAUUUUGGUUCCAGGAAUGGAGGACGGCUGGAGAUGCGCAUAUCAAAGUCCAAAAUCACUUGGUUACUUUUUGCGAAGCCACCUUCGGAAAAGGGUGAGCUACGGGACAUUUUGUCUCGCCCGGUGGCAAGACUGUGCGUUCGUGCACCAAACGAUUCAACGGUUCCUGUCACGCUUCUAACAGGAUCGUGGGAGCUUUGUCUUCCGGAAACGAUAGCUUGUACUAUUCUCGUUGAAGGUAGUGGUGAUACAAUUCCAAGUUGGCGCAACAGACUGGGACUCAAAGGUGGCUUUGAAACAGAACGUCAGUUCUCGCGGUUGAAAGUCACUUUAGAGAGUUCGGUCCUUCCUGAUUUAAAGGCAGUCAUUGACGGCGUGUACGCUGCGCUACCUCAAUGUGGAGGCGCCUGCGGCUCUUUGCGGAAGAAAGAAAAGAGGCGAGAUACUGAGCCAGAUCUAUUCUUCUUUUUGGAAUCGGGUCGGAAGUCACUACCGGGCGACGACACUUACAUCUUUUCCCCAACAUGUCAU